GACGAGGGGCACGGGGACUCCCCCACCUCACCGCACCGGGGACAGCCCGCCCCCGCCGCCCGCCCGGGAGGGGCCCGCAGCGGCCCCGCCGCCCCCUGACCCUGAGAGAGACUUGGCUGCUGCCAGGGCCAGCUUCGAGGUUUUGUAGUGCUUCCCGAGCAUGAGUUCAGAAUGAAGCGGCGAUUGGAUGAGCAGGAGUCACCCGUGUAUGCGUCGCAGCAGAGACGUAUCACCAGCACCACCGAAGCUUUCCAGCACCAGCACCGCGUCCUCGCGCCGGCCCCGCCGGUCUAUGAGGCGGUUUCGGACACCAUGCAGUCUGCCACGGGGAUUCAGUACUCGGUAACUCCCAGCUACCAGGUAUCAGCCGUGCCGCAGAGCUCGGGCAGCCACGGCCCGGCCAUCGCGGCCGUCCACGGCGGCCACCACCACGCCGCGCCGGUGCAGCCCCACGGGAGCCAGGUGGUGCAGAGCCACGCGCACCCCACGCCGCCCGCCGUGCCGGUGCAGGGCCAGCAGCAGUUCCAGAGGCUCAAGGUGGAAGAUGCAUUGUCUUACCUUGACCAGGUGAAGCUGCAGUUUGGUAGCCAGCCACAGGUCUACAAUGACUUCUUGGAUAUUAUGAAGGAAUUUAAAUCUCAAAGUAUUGACACUCCAGGAGUGAUCAGCCGCGUGUCGCAGCUCUUCAAGGGCCACCCAGACUUGAUCAUGGGUUUCAACACCUUCUUGCCGCCUGGUUACAAGAUUGAGGUGCAGACGAAUGACAUGGUGAACGUGACGACACCGGGGCAGGUUCACCAGAUCCCCACUCACGGCUUGCAGCCCCAGCCGCAGCCACAGCCCCAGCAUCAGUCGCAGCCUUCGGCGCAAUCCACCCCAACACCAGCACAGCCAGCGCCGCAGCCACCGCCUGCCAAAAUCAGCAAGCCAUCACAGUUGCAGGCACAUACUCCUGCCAGCCAGCAAACUCCCCCGAUUCCACCAUACGCAUCACCACGUUCGCCACCAGUCCAACCUCAUACACCUGUGACAAUCUCUCUGGGAACCACCCCAUCCCUGCAGAACAAUCAGCCUGUUGAGUUUAAUCACGCCAUCAACUAUGUCAACAAGAUCAAGAAUCGGUUCCAGGGACAGCCAGACAUCUACAAAGCCUUCCUGGAGAUCCUCCAUACGUAUCAGAAGGAGCAGCGCAAUGCCAAGGAGGCAGGAGGGAACUACACGCCGGCGCUGACGGAGCAGGAGGUGUACGCGCAGGUUGCUCGCCUCUUCAAGAACCAGGAGGAUCUGCUCUCGGAGUUCGGGCAGUUCCUGCCUGAUGCCAACAGCUCUGUGCUGUUAAGUAAGACAACUGCAGAGAAAGUGGAAUCAGUCAGAAACGAUCACGGUGGCACAGUGAAGAAGCCGCAGCUCAACAACAAACAGCAAAGACCCAACCAGAACGGCUGUCAGAUCCGGCGGCACUCGGGAACGGGAGCAACCCCUCCGGUGAAGAAGAAACCGAAGCUGCUUGGUUUAAAAGACCAGUCUUUGACGGAAGCCAGCAAACACGGUGUGGGGACAGAGUCUCUCUUCUUUGAGAAGGUCCGCAAAGCUCUGCGGAGCACAGAAGCGUACGAAAACUUCCUUCGCUGCCUGGUUAUUUUCAACCAGGAGGUGAUCUCCCGGGCUGAGCUCGUGCAGCUCGUUUCUCCGUUCCUGGGGAAAUUCCCAGAACUGUUCACUUGGUUUAAAAACUUUCUGGGGUACAAAGAGUCUGUUCACAUGGAGACAUAUCCGAAGGAACGGGCGACCGAGGGGAUUGCCAUGGAGAUAGACUACGCCUCCUGUAAAAGACUGGGCUCCAGCUACCGGGCCUUACCCAAGAGCUACCAGCAACCCAAGUGCACGGGGCGGACUCCGCUGUGUAAAGAGGUUUUGAAUGACACCUGGGUCUCCUUCCCAUCCUGGUCCGAAGAUUCCACGUUUGUGAGCUCCAAAAAGACGCAAUAUGAAGAGCACAUCUACAGGUGUGAGGAUGAGCGUUUCGAGCUGGAUGUUGUCUUGGAGACCAACCUGGCAACCAUCCGUGUCCUCGAGGCAAUCCAGAAGAAACUCUCGCGCUUGUCUGCCGAGGAGCAAGCCAAAUUCCGGCUGGACAACACGCUGGGGGGCACUUCGGAGGUGAUCCACCGCAAGGCUCUCCAAAGGAUAUAUGCUGACAAAGCAGCCGACAUCAUCGAUGGACUUCGGAAGAACCCAUCCGUGGCUGUUCCCAUCGUACUGAAAAGGUUAAAGAUGAAGGAGGAAGAGUGGCGAGAAGCCCAGAGAGGAUUUAAUAAAGUCUGGCGAGAGCAGAAUGAGAAGUAUUACCUGAAAUCCUUGGAUCACCAGGGCAUCAACUUCAAGCAGAACGAUACCAAGGUCCUGAGGUCAAAGAGUCUCCUCAAUGAGAUUGAAAGCAUCUAUGAUGAGAGGCAAGAGCAGGCUUCAGAAGACAAUGCUGGAGUCCCCACAGGCCCACACCUAUCCCUAGCCUAUGAAGACAAGCAGAUCCUGGAAGACGCCGCCUCUCUCAUCAUCCACCAUGUGAAACGGCAGACAGGAAUCCAGAAGGAGGACAAGUACAAAAUCAAGCAGAUCAUGUAUCACUUCAUUCCAGACCUGCUGUUUGCUCAGCGAGGGGAACUCUCGGAUGUGGAAGAGGAGGAAGAAGAGGAAAUGGAUGUGGAUGAAGCUACUGGGGCUGCAAAAAAGCACAACGGUGUUGGGGGCAGUCCUCCCAAAACCAAGCUGAUGUUCAACAACACGACGGCCCAGAAGCUGCGGGGCAUGGAUGAGGUCUACAACCUCUUCUACGUGAACAGCAACUGGUACAUCUUCAUGCGGCUGCAUCAGAUCCUGUGCUUGCGGCUGCUGAGGAUCUGCACCCAGGCCGAGCGGCAGAUCGAGGAGGAGACGCGGGAAAGGGAGUGGGAGAGGGAAGUGCUGGGGAUCAAGCGAGACAAGAGCGACAGUCCUGCCAUCCAGCUGCGACUGAAGGAGCCCAUGGACAUUGAUGUUGAGGAUUAUUACCCGGCCUUCCUGGACAUGGUGCGCAACCUCCUGGACGGGAACAUGGACUCGUCGCAGUACGAGGACUCCUUGCGUGAAAUGUUCACCAUUCACGCCUACAUCGCCUUUACCAUGGACAAGCUGAUCCAGAGCAUCGUUCGACAGCUCCAGCACAUAGUGAGCGAUGAGAUCUGUGUGCAGGUAACAGACCUCUACUUGUCGGAGAACAACAACGGAGCAACGGGAGGUCUUCUCGCUUCCCAGUCUUCCCGUGCUCUCCUGGAGGCCGCGUACCAGCGCAAAGCUGAGCAGCUCAUGUCGGAGGAGAACUGCUUCAAGCUGAUGUUCAUCCAGAGCAGAGGUCAAGUUCAGUUAACCAUUGAACUGCUGGACACAGAAGAGGAGAACUCUGAUGACCCAGUGGAAGCAGAGCGCUGGUCGGACUAUGUGGAGCGGUACGUCAACUCUGAUUCUACCUCUCCUGAGCUCCGGGAGCACCUGGCCCAGAAACCCGUCUUCCUGCCGAGGAAUCUGAGGCGGAUCCGCAAGUGUCAGCGUGGCCGGGAGCAGCAGGAGAAGGAAGGAAAGGAGGGGAACAGUAAGAAGUCAAUGGAGAAUGUGGAGAGCUUGGACAAGCUGGAGUGUAAAUUCAAACUGAACUCCUAUAAGAUGGUGUACGUGAUCAAAUCGGAGGAUUAUAUGUACAGGAGGACCGCUCUGCUGCGAGCUCAGCAGUCCCACGAGAGAGUGAGCAAACGACUGCACCAGCGGUUCCAGGCCUGGGUGGACAAAUGGACCAAGGAGCACGUGCCCCGCGAAAUGGCAGCCGAGACAAACAAGUGGCUGAUGGGCGAAGGCUUGGAGGGCUUGGUGCCCUGCACCACCACCUGUGACACAGAGACCCUGCACUUUGUCAGCAUUAACAAGUACCGCGUCAAAUACGGCACAAUAUUCAAGACACCGUAAAAUUUUACAACAAAAAAAAAAGGAAAAAAAAAAAAUCAACAAAACCCGGGGUGAGGGAAGAGCCCGGGAGAGGUGUGUGUGUGUGCGCCCAUCAAGGAAAGGAGGAAGAUGCCUUUCUCCCCUCACUGUGUAUCUGCGUAACGUGGCCACUUGACUAGUGUGUGGCUGGUACAGCUGUCAGCAGCGGGAUUCCCUGCAGGGACACACAGGUCCCCGCUGGGACCACCGGCCCUUGGACUUGGGCUCGCGUCCCCGGAGCGCGGGGAGGACCCUUCUCUGAACUGAGCCAUCCCAGAGAGACACCACGAGCUCGUACACACCAGCAGCACUGAGGCUUUGACUCUGAGCGGCGAGGGAAGGGAACCGGAGGCUCUCCACCGCCGGAUCUGUCUCCACAUCCCCAGGUGCCUGUCGCCACCGGAUUCUCCUUCCCCGAGGCUGUUUCCAGCGCCGGGGGCAGCUCGGCGGCGCCUCCCGGAGCGGCCCCUGGGCUCCUCUCGCCUCCCUCCCAGGCUGGACUCACCCCGUGCAGAUCGGUCUGUCCUUUCUAGUGCCAGUGGAACUGUUCAUUUUUUGUUCUCUUUUUUCUUUUUUUGUACCUGCUUGUUUACUAGUCUCUCCUAGUGCCAUGCACCAGCUUUUCACACACAUGUACGUACACACACACAACAGAGAACAACACGAUUUUAACAUGUUCCCCUCCUUUUUUGUAAAUAAAUGUACAAAUUGUCAAUUUUUUUUUUCCUUUUUGUUUUGUUUUUGUUUUUUAUUAAAGGAAGUAUGCUUGAUGUGCUAGCAUAACUGUAUUAGCUUCUUGUGUACCAUAGUACCAGGUGGCUUAAGAAAUUAGUACCGACAGACAGACCGACUGGAGACAUUUAUUACACUUUUUACCAAAGGGAGUUAUCAUUGUAGUGCUUUUGUGUGGAAACUUUUUCUCCUUUUUUUGUAAAUAAAAAUAAUGUCUUUGUUCUUAA